CUCAGUUGGAUUCUGAUUGCUGAUCAGUUGUUGGUAGAUAUGGGGCUACAUCCUUACUUGGUUAGCUAGUUGCAGCAAAGCAAAGCAAGAACAUUACGCACCUUCUUUUUUAGUGUGACAGUUGGAGCAAACAAAGAGGAACAAUGUGGACCAAACAGAUUUUUUUCGUGGUUGGAAUUCUGUCCAUGUACCAGGUUAUUUCACAAGAAAUUUAUGUUUCUGAGGUGAUGGUGGAGAGCAACGUCACACUGACCUCUGCGAGCAUCCUGGCAAGUUGGAACUCAUCAACAACCCUCACGGUGACGGACGGCAGUACAACCCACACGGUGUCGAUAAGUAGCAGUGAGCUGGUUGCAGAAUGCCUAGUUGUUGGUGAGGAUUACAGCUGCAACUGCUCUAAAGGCUAUGCUUGGAGUAAUGAGGUCUGCUACUACUAUGGCUGCUGUACUGAAGCUACAUGUACAAAAAAUGUCUCCCAGGCCACAUCCAUCUGUGUUCCCAAAACCCAGGUUAGGAUCAAUGGAUCUGUGCAGCUGAAUUCAGGGCCCUGGGAUUCUGUGAAAACAAUAGUGCUUCAAGAUGGAUUAAAACUGCUGAAUGGCUUGGUAUCCACUAUCACCACUGUACCAAGAUCUUUAACAUCACCCAUUGCUGACUUUGUGGUGAACGUUUCUGUCAGAUUAGACACGCCUAAGCUUCAAGACAUUCUGACUAGUCUGCAAAGCAAUCUAUCAUCAGGGCCAAUUUAUGUUGACACUAAAGGGAUGACCAAUAUUUACGCUCCCAGUGGUACAGUGGGGUAUCUGGAAAACAUAUCUCUUGUUUGCACACUAGAGGAGCCCACAGGCACUGCAGGCUGGAACCUAAGUAGACAGUUUGAGCGCUUUUCAAUCAACAAUGGGCUUCAGGCCAGAAUUUAUACUGACUGUGCCAAAGAAGAAUACAAAUCUUGUGUAGCAGUUAAUCUCACAAAAGUAACAGGUGCAUGGUCAGGCACAUAUGAGUGUGGAUUUACAACGGGGACAGUCAGACACACUGCCAGUGCUGAACUAAACGUAGCUCUCCUGCCGGAUGUAAUUUCCAUGAACUUUAACCCUCUGAUUGUGGACUGUUCUGAGGUCAAGUCUCCUAAUGUAAGAGUCAAGGCAACUAUCCCGAACACCCCAGCGAUUUACACAUAUUUUUGGAGCUACAACGGAGAUCAUCCAUCUCAAAAUAUGACAAAGGACACUUUUUCCUUUGAACGCAAUUUUACCCUUAAGUGCAAUCCCAGCGAGCUUGUGAACAUCUCUUUUAAGAAUAGCAUUGGACAAAUAAAAAACGAAUAUGUGGAUAUCCCUAUGAUACGUGAAAAUGUGAAAGCCUGCCCUAUGGAGGUUCUUAACAACGAGAUUUGGCCAAAAACUCCAACUAGAUUGACUGUGGUUAAUCGGACGUGUCCAGUAGGCAGAAUUGGGUUCAAGUCACGUACUUGUGAUAAUGACUCAAAAUGGCAAGAAGUUUUCUCCAAAUGCAUCAGUGAGGAGCUGGGCAAAGUUACAAAUGCAGCUAAUAACUUUCUGAAUGGACUUGGAGCUACCCAGGAAGUGGCUAAGGACAUAUUUCAAGGGAUCAAGAACAGCUCUACUUCAAAUUCUGGCUCUGGUGAUGAUGUGGCUGAUAUUAGUGCUUCCAUUGGGAUUAUAGGAGUGAUGGCCAAGGCUUCAGUAAACAUUGUCUUAGAAGAGGAUGUGUUUCCUGACUUAAUUGACGCAGCCAGCAAUAUGGUCAACUCAAGUUGGAGUGGGGUAAAUGAGUCAAUUCGUCAUAGCAUGUCUUCAAACUACCUGUCCAAUGUGGAAGUUUUGGUGAAGAACAUCAAGAUUAACACCAGUGAGGGAUUCAACACUUCAAACCUGGAGCUCAGAUUCUGCUCAAGUUAUGACUGUAGCAUGUCUGUUUUUGGCAUUGAUGUGAAUAUGAACAAGACCAAUGGAACAAUGAAAACCAUGGCGGUGAAGAAUCUGAUGGAAAAGUUAAAAAACAAAAACUUCCCAGGCAGAAAUCACAGCAGUGUCUUGCUGUCAGCCACCCUUGAAGACAACAGGGAUUCAAAUGUUACAAUCAAAAUGCUCUUUCCUGAUGAGCAACCAAAUGCCACGGAAUAUUUAUGUGUCUUCUGGGACACAAAGAUAAAUGAUUGGUCAAACGAAGGCUGUGUUGCCAAUGUCACUGACAACAACCAAACACUUUGCGAAUGCAACCACCUCACUUCUUUCUCUGUCCUUAUGGCCAAGAGUGCCAACAUAUCUUCUCCAGAUCUUGACAUUAUCACAUAUAUUGGCCUAGGUGUAUCAGUUUUUUCCUUGUUGAUCUUUCUCUUUAUUGAAUCCCUGGUGUGGUCAGCUGUGACGAAGACAAAUCUGUCACAUUUCCGUCACACAGCGGUAGUGAACAUUGCUGUGUUCCGCUUGCUUGCAGAUUGCAGCUUCUUGGCAUCAGCUUUUCCAGAUAAAAUCUCUGACACCUGGUGCUUCACCUUCACCGUUUGCAAACAUCUGUUUUAUCUGGCCAUGUUCACCUGGAUGCUGUGUCUGAGUGUGAUGCUCGUCCACCAGCUCAUCUUUGUUUUUAGUCCAGUCAGGAAAAGAGUCUUCAUGUACCUCUCAAGCAUUGUAGGCUAUCUUUUACCGAUUGCACUAGUAGGAACCAGCUAUGUGUAUUACAAAUACACACAACAGGAUUACUAUGAUAAAAAGACCUGUUGGUUAAGGUAUGAGCGGCUGUUGGAAGGUUCUAUUCACGCAUUUCUUCUUCCUGUGGGCACCAUUAUUUUAUCAAAUCUCUUCUCCAUGGUGGUUGUCAUUGUCACUUUGGUGAAGACAUCAGUACCAGACAGCAGCAAAGCGGAUGACAAGGAGACAGCCAAAAGCAUUCUUAAAGUGGUGGUCUUUCUAACUCCUGUCUUUGGAGUAACGUGGAUUAUUGGCUUUGUUAUACUCAUUCUGGAUGAUGACGACCCCAUGCAUAAGGUUGCUAACUACAGUUUCACCAUCCUCAAUUCUUUCCAGGGCCUUUUCAUUCUGCUAACAGGUUGUCUGGGAGAGCAGAAGGUCCGGGAGGAAGUGAUUAGGAUCCUAAUGGUAAAAACUGGACGAGACACUGAUAGCAUGAAGAAACUGACUAAUAGUUCAAAUACAACAUACACAAAAGACAAAUGAUGAAGACUGCGAAGACAAGAAGAUCAGAGACAGCAGCUCUGAUGUCAGAUUGAUGUUAGACUGUCAUGAAUGUGUAGCUGGUUUCUCUAAAACAUGAUUAUAUAUAAUUUAAAGCUUAUCAAGUAGAAGACUGUUUAUGGUUAUCAGUGAAUUCAUGAUAUUUACAGAAUUAUACAUAUACACUGUAGAAGAACAUUCCAUGUUUGUCAUUAUCCCAUGAGGCAAGCAACGCAUAUAAAUAACCAAUUUAUUUUUAGGGUUACCGCCAAAAUGUAGCUUUUAUUUAUUAUAGUUCUAAAUAAAUACUGCAUAUAGUGCAGCGUGAUUGUUUAGCUGUAAGGAGAUUCUUCUGACUUUGUUCCGAACCACUGUAUAUAAAACAAAGUACAAUUUUAUCAAGUCUGAUUGUGAUCGUUUUAUUUGAAAAAUGCUAAUUUACUAAGUUUGAGAUUAAUUAUAAGCUGUAUACGUUUGUAUAUUCUUGUAUGUAUUAGAUAUUGUGGUGAAAUAAAGAUAUGUUUAGAAAUUCAA